GGUCAAAACUAGCGAUCACUAGCGUCGUGCCUUCCAGUUUUCCAGCGUUCCCUGGGACCCUGAUCAUAUCGCGGUCCCCGGGCCUUCGGCCUUCGACAUGGCGGCUUCGACGUCGUCAGCGUGAUCAACGUGCCGGUGGACACGCCAGUGGACGCCACCAUGGACGCAUUCCAACACGUGGUCGGCGACGCCGGCCUUUUGUACCUUCAGCACCAUGGGGGUGCAAGGUUUAUGGCAGCGGUCAACUCCAUGGCCACUGCCCAGCGUUUGGUAGCACAGGGACACCUGUUGCUCGGUGACGUCCAGGUCCCACUCGAACCGGUCGGGGCCCACGUCGUCCAUGUGUCGGUUUACCGACUCCCGCCGUACGUGUUUGAGGACGCCCUCGUCCAGGUCCUCGGGCAGUACGGCAAGGUAAAGGGCUUGAGCCACGUUACCUACCGUGACCGACCUGACAUCCGUACGGGCACGCGGGUGGUCAAGCUGGAGAUGGCCAAGCCUGUGCCCAACUUCAUCCACAUUCAGGGCCACAGAGUCAUGGUGGACUAUCGCGGCCUGCGCCGGGUCUGUAGCCGCUGUGGUCAGGAGGGCCACUUCGGGCCCGCCUGCAAGACUCCCCGAUGUGACAGGUGCGGCGUCUUCGGGCACCCGACAGAAGGAUGUGCUGCGCCCUGCCAACGCUGCGGCCACGCCCACGCCACCACAGACUGCGUUCAGCGCAAGACGUACUCGGCAGCUGCUAGGGAUCCCCGCCGUGGAUCUCCGCCACCGGCCAGCACCCCCGAGCCGCUUACGACCCAAGCUCCCGGCCCCCCUGAGCAGGCUAAGCCGCCUUCCGCAACUACCCGCCUGACCACUGCCCCCGGAGUCUCCUCACCGGCGGCAGAACCCUCGACCACCGAUGUGCUUCCUGCACACGCGGAAACGUCGGCCCCGCGUUUUCUGCAAGCUGGUGACGCCAGAAAAGACCUCUCCAUUGCCGAAGGCGCCACCCCGAGUCUCCUCAUCACCUGCCCCAACACAGCUGAGAUCGUUGACGUCACCCCGGGCCAAGGGAACCCUCCCCCGUUACCUACGUUGCCUUCGGCUUCGGCAUCCCCCAGCACGUUGGUGCCGCUACCGGACAGCGACGCGCCUCUGGACCCAAGGUCUGACGACGACGACGCCAUGUGCUGCGACCGUCCUGAAACGAAGCGCGGUCUUACAAGCACCAGCAGCGGGUCUGACGUCCCCGGAAGCUCGACAAAGAAGAAACGCCUGGGUAGCGAAAAGCCAUCCGACUUGGAGGACUUUUCCGACUCUCUGGUCUUCUAGUGCGGUAUGCUCGCUCAGGUUGUUCUUUUUGAUGAAUUUUAUUUUUAUGGCCAUGCUCCUGCAUGUCCUCACGCUGAAUGUCCAGGGCUUUAGAAACCCCGAUAAGCAGCGUGAGGUCGUCCACUUCGCGCGCUCGGUUGGUGCAGACCUUGUCUUUUUACAAGAAACUAAUUUUUUUUCUGCACGCGAUAUCACUGCUUUUCGUGAUCGCUUCGGCCUUGACUGUUUUUUUUCUUUCGGAGACACGCGCUGUCGCGGCGUCGGCGUUCUUAUCUUGCGUCGAGCGCUCAGUCAAGGAUGUCGAAGCAUCUUUGAUCCCGCUGGUCGCGUCAUUGCAUUUGAUUUCUUUUUUGGUCAGCAUCGCUUGCGCGCGGUGAAUGUGUAUGCGCCCGCACAUAUGUCUUUAUCGACUGGCUUCUUUCGAGAGUUGGACGCAUAUUUGUUGGAGCCCCACCCCUUCUUUCUUUUGGGGGAUUUGAACUGUGUUUUAGACGCUCACCGCGAUGUUCGCGGUCCAGGUCAGGGUAGAGCCAACUGGAAUGCUCGUGAACUCCGUCGCCUUGUUGAACAGUUCGACUUACGAGACGCUUGGUGCGAGUUACACGGCUCCUCUUUUGCGCCCACGUGGUCUCGUGCGGGCUCAAGCAGUCGUUUAG